ACUUGUUGUCUUCGAGAACAUUUAGGAUGUCCAGAUUAUUAUAUAUGCCUUUUAUAAAACCUAAUUGGCGAAUCUCUACGUCAAUAAAGCUUGGAAAUUACAUAAACUCUCGGUUAGCCCCUUCAGAUUGUAUAUUAUCCCGCGACAUUAGCUUUUUUAACAAAUUACCUGCCGACGACAUAUGGCGCGGAGUAACAGCAGUAAGCAAUGCUGGUAAGAAAAGAGGCCGCGGAAAGGGCACAGGAAGAAAAGUUGCAAAGGAUCUCAAUAAAGGGCAAACAAUUGGACACGGAAAAAAAAGUUGCAUUUGGCCAGGCCUAAAUGCACCAAUUCUACGUGGAAAUGAACUUAUUUAUCAACAGAAACAUUCUGAAAACAUAGAUAGAGAAAAAAAUAUAAUUCAUUUGCGUGACUCAAUGGGUAAUUUUAAGCUAUCGAAAUUAAAUCCAAUAGAUCGCGGUUGGUCUGGAACGAAAAUGCCAGGAAGAAGUAUUGGUCCUCCAGAUUCUGUGGGAGAAGAAACAUUUAAAUUAUUUGAUACGCGUGUAUUGGAGAAUAAGAUUGUAUUUAUAAUGAAAGGCAAUAUGGGAAGGAAGAGACGAUACUCUGUUCUAUCUGUCACUGGGAACAAAAAUGGUUUGGCUGGAUUUGCUUUAGCUAAAGCGCCUGAAGUUCGAACCGCUCUCCGAAAAGCGAAAAAUCGUGCAGGACAGAAACUUAUUAGUAUUAAUCUUUAUGAAAAUAGAACUAUUAAUCACGAUUUUUAUACUGCGUUUGGAAAAACAAAAAUUUUUGUUUUUAAAAAACCCGAGGGGUACGGCUUAGUAUGUCAUAGGGCUAUACAAACAAUUUGUAAGGUUUUAGGAAUACAGGAUUUACAUGCAAAAAUUGAAGGUUCAACAAACCUUCAACACAUAGUAAAAGCAUUUUUCAUCGGGCUUAUGCGUCAAAAAACCUAUUAUGAUAUAGCUAAAGAAACAAAUUUGCAUAUUGUUGAACGUCAAGUGGCAAAAAACGGAUUCACGCAAAUUAAAGCUAGUCCUUUCUUAAAUAUACAAACUUCGGAAAAGGAUCGAAUAAUAGACUUUAUGCAGUUUACUUUGGGAAAUAAAAUUGUGUUGCGAAAAAAAAAAAUACCGCCUUAUUAUGUAAAUUCUAAAGGUCAUAACAUAUUUGAAAGUAAAACAGAACGGUUUAGAAAUCAAUCAAAUGUACGUUUACACAAAUUGGUUAAUUCUUAUAUAUAAGACAGUAAAAUGUUUAGCAAAAUAUUGAUAUUACCAUUUUCUUAAAAGCUAAAUUUUUAUGCAGAUACAAUUAAAAUAAAAACAAAUUCAAGUA